AUGACCGUUACGAAACAACCGGAAGGCCAGUUCGAUGUGUACCGGAAUUUAUCAGCGCGGCUGCGGGAUUUGGUAAACCAUAGGUCGCUUCCAGCACUUAUCUUAACGAAGAAGCAGAUGGCGUUAUCCUCACAACCCACGUGGUCCCAUUCAGCAUCGCUCACCAUUGAUUUUAACGCUCCUGGGAACAUGACAUGCUGGGUUUCCGAACCCUCACUGGAACACUACAACACGGAUUCAUUUGGCGUAUCCAAUGAUGUGAACGAUCUGUCAAACAAUACUGCCGCCGACAACAACAGCGAUGGUAUCUUCUUUGCAAUAGGAGAGCUAACUGUUGAGAACAGAUGUAAGUGCAUCGGUCACGUCAGCCGUUCUGUAUUCGACAAGAUAGGCAAAGAUUUUACAAAGCCAGGCUUAUUUCAACUCCAUCGUUCGCGAUUUCACCAUCUGUUUCAGUUUACCUCUGACUGCAAACAUGGUACGGUUUUAAGUGAAUGUAAAAUUGCAAGCCUUUCCACAUCGAUAGACCCUGGAGACGAGCAACAUCUCAAGCGGGAAUGCUUGCCCAGGUACGAGCAGGGAGCAGAUAUCUUUUCAGUAGGCAGUUUCGAGAGAAGCAUGAAAGCACAGGCGCGCUUUCAUAAAAUUUCUCGAUUGGUAUACACCUAUUUAAUUCUUGCUGUUUGGGAGUUUCAGCAAAAAACGACAAUACUGAGCAAAGCAGAAGGAUAUGGCUUUCCUGCCUUAUAUGUAUAUAGACACAUUCUCUUUUGA